AGCACAUUAGUCCCGUCCUGGAGAAGGCAGCUGACCAUCAUCAAAAUUCGCUUUCGCUCGCUUUCGCGUUUUUCAUGUAGGUAACAGAUAACUAUUUGGAUAGCACAAAGCGUUUGGCUGGAGAAGGCCACGUAGAAGUUAAUUUCAUGAGGUUGAGUUCCAUGUCCUAAUCAAGAGAGCGCAUUUUAUUUGAGUUACGUGGACAAUUUUGUGGAGGGAACAGGGAAUUGUGGAUUUUCUUCCCAAUGAUUUCAACGUGGAUUUAGUUUACUUCGUGAUAGAUUUUACCCUGGAAAUUGUGGUACAUAUUAACAUGGUCGUCCACUUCAAACCUUGGUGAUAAUAUUGGACGAUUUUGCUAUUCGUAAGCUUCAGGCUUUUUGUGUUCUACGCUGUUUGUAAAUAUAUGCAUCGAUCAUCAUCGUUUAUUAAUAUUGUUUAUGUCUCUAAAUAUCAUAAAAAAAUGUUGCAAUAGUCUUGUCUUGUAUCUUUAAAUUGUAAUAACAGUGGUUUUCGGCAACGUUUGGAAGCAAGACGAGUAAAGUUUUGGAAACAUUGAUUUAUCGAUAUGGCAAUGGUAGCGUGGAGAAGCGCAGAAGAUGUCGCCGACACUCAAGGCACAAUCUCUUCACCUGACUCACAAGUGGGAUCUCUGUCUAUAUCGACCGAUCUAACGGGCCACCUGAAUCCGACGUCCUCGCUGGAUGUUACUCCAACAACUCAGACAGCGACCCAAGGCGCCCCUGCAAGCAAUACGACGCAGUCUAUCAUAAACCAGUCGAUGAACGGUGCAAUAGACAAACAACAACCUCAACAAAUAGAGUGCGUCGUAUGUGGCGACAAAUCGAGUGGAAAGCAUUAUGGACAGUUCACGUGCGAGGGAUGUAAAAGCUUUUUCAAACGGAGCGUCCGAAGGAACCUCAGCUACACUUGUAGGGCAAGCAGGAACUGUCCAAUAGAUCAGCACCAUCGUAACCAGUGCCAAUAUUGUCGCUUGAAGAAAUGCCUUAAAGUAGGCAUGAGACGGGAAGCAGUUCAAAGAGGACGGGUAUUACCGGCGCAGCCAUACCACGGCCAAUUCACCUUAAAUGGAGACCCUCUACAGUGCCAUUCUUACCUUUCCGGAUACAUAUCUCUUCUCCUACGAGCGGAGCCCUACCCAACAUCCCGAUAUGGCACUCAGUGUAUGCAGUCAAACAACCUCAUGGGUAUCGAAAACAUCUGCGAACUGGCAGCCAGGAUGCUUUUUAGCGCCGUUGAGUGGGCCAGGAACAUCCCUUUUUUUCCAGAUCUCCAAAUCACAGACCAAGUAGCCCUUCUAAGGCUAACCUGGAGUGAGCUGUUUGUUCUGAACGCGGCACAGUGCUCUAUGCCGGUACAUGUAGCCCCAUUACUGGCUGCAGCAGGCCUCCAUGCCUCCCCCAUGUCUGCAGAUAGAGUUGUAGCGUUCAUGGACCACAUUCGGAUAUUUCAAGAACAAGUAGAAAAGCUGAAAGUCCUGCAUGUGGAUUCAGCAGAAUACAGCUGCAUAAAGGCCAUUGUCCUCUUCACUUCAGAUGCGUGUGGUCUGUCGGAUGUGGCUCAUGUUGAAGGGUUACAAGAGAAAUCCCAGUGUGCUUUAGAGGAGUAUGUCAGGAGCCAGUACCCCAACCAGCCAACAAGAUUUGGGAAGCUAUUGCUUCGCCUGCCUUCCCUUCGCACAGUGUCGUCGUCCGUAAUAGAACAAUUGUUCUUCGUCCGACUAGUCGGCAAAACCCCAAUUGAAACUUUGAUAAGGGAUAUGCUGCUUUCGGGCAGCAGUUUCAAUUGGCCUUACAUGUCGCUUCAGUAGCUGGAAGUAACAACGAGGACGGAAUCUGAACAUCGUUAUUGUUUGAAGAGAGGCUGGUGUUCAACAGAAGGAACGAUUCAGGAAUGAUUAUUUGUGAUUUUCUCAAUAAAAGACACUGUAUUUAUUGGA